UUAUUAACUUUUACUUUCAUUUUGUUUACAUUCAACUAUUUUUAAAAACAAACCGGGACAGUAUCGAACAAAUUUUUUGAUUUUCUAUGCUAUUUUAUUAGCAAGUUUACGGUUUUUGAUGUACUGUUAUAAAUUCUUUGCAGAUAAAUAAUUUUUGAGGAUAAGGAACAGAAUGAAUCGUCAAUAAACUUCGAUUACGAAAUGCGUUUUGAAUGCCUGAUUGAGAUGGGAUCACACAAAAGAAAAUCAAGUUGUAUAACGGACCAUUUCUCUUGUGACAGUCCAAGUUAUAGAAAAAAUAAAUGUUCCAAGCAAGAAAAAAAUAAAAAAUGUGAGCAAAAACGUAAAGAAGCGAGGUACGGAAAUUAUCACCAAUAUUAUGGCUAUCGAAAUAUAGGCACUAUGGAUUCAAGAAUUCAGUGUAUGAAGCAAGAGUGGUUUGUUGAUAAAGAUGUACUGGAUAUUGGAUGUAAUGCUGGUCAUUUUACCCUUGCUUUGGCUCGGGACUUAAAACCUAGAUCAAUUAUUGGUAUUGACAUUGAUAAUGAACUUGUUAAGAUGGCCAUGAAAAAUGUACGGCAUUAUAUAACUUCAGAAAAUAUAUCUGAAACUAGUUUUCCAUUAUCUUUGGUUAUAAACUAUGGACCUGUCGCGCAAGUUCUUGAUCCCAAGGGCAGGUAUUCGAUUGGCGAAUUUCCAUUUAAUGUUCAAUUUUUGCAGGCAAACUACAUUCUUCCAUCUGAUGCAUAUUUAAAUUAUGAAGAGUCUCUAUUUGAUACAAUACUGUGUCUUAGCCUAACUAAAUGGAUUCAUUUAAACUGGGGUGAUGCUGGCAUCAAAAGGUUGUUUAAUAGAAUAUUCAAGCAACUCAAUCCUGGUGGUUAUCUUAUUUUAGAGGCUCAAACUUAUCAGUCAUAUGCAAGAAGAAAGAAAAUAAAUGAAGAAGUGCUUAAGCAUUAUAAAGAAAUAAAACUAUUCCCUGAAAUGUUCAAUGAGUUUUUAUUGAAAGAAGUUGGUUUCCAGUCUUGUGAACUUAUAGAUGUACCUGCUCAUGCUUCAAAAGGUUUUAGUAGACCUCUUUACUUGUUUAAGAAAGCAGAUGAUGUUGAACAUAUUAGUGAGAAGAAGCCCAAACACAUAGUAUAUGAUUCAGCCUCAGAAGAUAGCUGUGAUGACUCUGAUGUUGAAACUUUUUCUGAUUGAACAAGACAUUUCACAUAAACUAAUAAACAUAUAAACCUAUGCUUUUGUAUGGAAAUAAACAUAUGCUUUUGUAUGGUAUAUUUUUUCAUCUACCUGUUAGGAAGGGAAAAAAUUGCUUUUGAAUACUUUCACAUUACAAUCUUACUUUCUAACUGUUCUAAGAUUUUUGCUCUCCAUAUUUAAAUAGAUUAUCAAAAGCAACAAGAAAUUGCAGUCUGUAACCUCACUUAUCUGAGUCUGUUUUGUCAAAUACAACCCUUUUGUAAAGUUUGAUUUAAUUAUUUGUUUUAAAUAAAAUAAAAAAUUAUGA